AUGAACGGCGAGGGAUACUCUCGAGACGGCGGCCGAAAGCGAGAAUAUAGUUCCCGCAGUGAGCGCGGUGAACGCAGCGAGCGUGGAGAGCGUGCAGAGCGCAGCGAGCGUGGAGAUCGCAGUGAGCGUGGAGACCGCGGCGACCGCGAUGAUCAUAGGCGAGAUCGCGACCGAGACCGGGACCGGGACCGGGAACGAGAUCGAGACCGAGACGGCGGCCGACGUGAACGAAGGCGGUCGAGAUCGCCCUAUCGAAGCUCGAGACGCCGCGAAGAAGAGACCGAUGCGUAUUCAUCGAGCCGAAACCAUAGGGACCGAGAGCGGGAGGAUAGAUACUCUGGUCGGGAUAGACGCGGUGCUGAUCGCGAGUGGGACCGCGAGCGAGGGCCUCGCCGGGAGGGGGCGGCCGAAGGGAGGAGGAGGAUAGGGCUCCUAGACGGGACCGAGGUGAUGCUGUCGAUGACAGACGCCGUGGCGGGCGGGACCCCUCGUGAGCCUACCCCCGACUUGACGGAUAUUGUGCCAGUUCUCGAGCGCAAGCGGCGUCUCACGCAGUGGGACAUGAAACCCCCUGGCUACGAAAAUGUUACCGCUGAGCAGGCCAAGCUUUCGGGCAUGUUCCCACUACCUGGCGCACCUCGUCAACAAGCAAUGGACCCGGGCAAGCUCCAGGCCUUUAUGAACCAACCUAGUUCGCAGGACCUGACAUUCGCCGUGGCCGAAUUCCGAUCCCCUGCCGAUGCCACAGUUGCUCUGGCCUUGGAUGGCAUCUCUAUGGAUGCUGAUGAAGCCAUGGCGAACAAUGGCGCCGCCGAGCAGCAGCAAAGAGGCCUGGAAAUCAAGCGUCCCAAGGACUAUAUCGUCCCCGCCAUUGUUGAUACACCAUAUGAACCUGGUGUUGUUUCCAGCAUUGUCCCGGACACACCCAAUAAGAUUAGCAUCGCAGAUCUUCCCACGUACCUGACGGAUGAACAGGCGACAGAGCUUCUCGUCUCCUUUGGAGAGCUGAAGGCAUUUGUCCUCGUCCGCGAUCAGCACACCGGCGAGUCUCGCGUAAGGAUUGUGUUUUGCGAGUAUGCGGACUCGUCAGUCACCGACAUCGCAAUUGAUGGCCUCAACGGGAUGGAACUCGCUGAAAAGAAGCUCAAAGUUAGGAAGGCAAGCGUUGGUAUCAAACAGGUCUCUGGUGUUGAGAUGGGAGUCAAUGCCAUGUCAAUGCUUGCCGGCACGACUUCCACGGAAAGUGAAGAAAGCUCCGUCAUACAAUUGCUCAACAUGGUGACAGCGGAGGAGUUGAUGGACCCCGAUGAUUACGAAGAAAUAUGCGACGAUGUUCGUGACGAGUGUGCCAAGUUUGGUACCAUCACUGAGCUCAAGGUUCCGCGACCCACGGGCGGAAGCAGGCAAUCGGCUGGCGUCGGCAAGAUUUACGUCAAGUUCUCAACCACAGAGGCGGCGACCAAAGCCCUCAGGGCUCUUGCUGGGAGGAAAUUUGCUGACCGCACCGUUGUUACGACUUACUUUCCUGAGAGAUUCUACGUCUACGCCGAUGUGUCCAGCAUCGCCCGCUACUGCCAAACUUCAUCUUAUUUACUGUUCCGGAGUAAUAUGGCCUCUCCCGACCAGGUCGCCGAGCAGAUCUGCAAGCUUGCCAGGAAGGGUGCUUCUCCCUCUCAGAUCGGUGUCGUCCUCCGUGACGCCCAUGGUGUCGCCCAGGUCAAGACCAUCACCGGCAACAAGAUUCUCCGUAUCCUCAAGUCUUACGGUCUUGCCCCCGAGCUUCCUGAAGACCUUUACAACUUGAUCAAGAAGGCCGUCGCUGUCCGAAAGCACCUUGAGCGCAACCGAAAGGAUAUGGACGCCAAGUUCCGUCUCAUUCUUAUCGAAGGUUCCGGACUUGAAAGCGCGCUAGCAGACGUAGAAUUUGUGGACGAAGCUUUGGACACUGUUCUCGAGCCCAUGACUGCUCGAGAAGCGGAAAACGGAUCGGGAGGCCACGGCGUAUCAAAAUCCGAAGACCUUGCCCCCAGAAAUACCAGAUGGGUCAGAGGAAAAAGCUCGGUUUAUGUCGACGCUUUUAGUCUCGCACUCGAUAUUGUUCUAGAAGAUGAGUCUCAUCUCUUUGACGAGAGGGAACAAAGAACUCUGACCGCUCUGCGCAGUGAUAUCGCCAAUAUUGACAACGCAGUCUUGAACCUUGAGAAGUCGAGAUUCCUACCACGAUCAACUUCCGCUUCCAACCACAAGGAAAGUAGUGGCCUAGAUUUAGAAGACAUCUGCAUCGGUGAGCACUUUUCGUUUGUGGACCGGUCCGAGGCCCACAUCACAUCCGCCGAAGACGCCGCCGGCCUCCUGAGCUUUGAGGAAAUGAAGAUGAUGGCCAAAGACUUGAAGUUACAGGGGAAAACGAAAUCGGACCUUUCCCGCGCGCUAUGCCGAAAUAGCAAGCAGCAGACAGGGUUGUUUACAUUGGGCAUCAGGCGCACGGGUCUGACUCGUUCCCCUGCAAGUGACUUACAGAGGUGCGAGAGUGACUCUUCGCAUGCGCCUGAUGAAAUUAGAGACGGGGAGACGCUCUUCGUUGAAAAGGUAUCAACCAUCACCGGACCUUGCAUCAGGAUAGCGCCGAUGACGUUCGAGCUAUUCGAGCGCGUGCACCUCGUCUUCUAUCGCUCUACGGAAUGGACUGAAAAGUCCCUGACCACGAUCAUUCUUGCCAAAAUAUCUCGGCGCAACUUUGCCAGCUAUCUAGUUGGCCGUAGCUCUAACAUAUUUACCUCGCGAGUUCACAUGAUGGAGUUUGAAAGUGCCCUCAGACUUCAAGCCGAGGUUGACAAAAUCUUAGAGCAGGGUGAUCCUCCCAAAGAAGAGGGGUUCAAUAAGGUUAUAAGCUAUUUCGAAGGAAUAUAUCCCCACUGGGAGAGGUUGCUUGCGGAGGAGCAAGUCAAAGAAGAUACAGUCUAUGACUUUGGCGAAGGAGCCUACCUACGGAGGUUCACGCCAGCGCAUACACUCACUCGUAUCGUGCACAAGGCCGCGCAUUGUUUCGGCAGACUCAAAAAUUAUAAGAGGGAGUACGAUCUUCUGGUUGCGCUUCUCGCUCAGCGGCUCUUCCACCCGGCCAGGCGCGGAGACUGGUAUCAGCGCAAAGCGCUAUUGGAGGAGCACUACAUGUACGCGGUAGAGACCGUCCCGAUGAUGGCCGAUGAGGAGCAGCGGAAGAAGCAUUGGAGACGAAAAGCGAUCGAAACAUGCGAGCUUCAGCAUGACUUCAAGCACGUCCGGCUCGAUGCCGCACUCGAACACGUGGUUGAAGGAAUCCAAAUCAAGCGCGAUGACGGGUCUAUCAGCAAAGGGAAAGGGCCAAGUACAAAAACAGUAUGGGUCGACGAAUAUGAGGAUGGCGCGGAAUGUAGCGUGGAAGAAAUGUGCCUGAGCUGGUACCGAAGCCAGGGCUGGAAAGGAUAUCACUCGGAAGGAGGCAUCGUCCGUACCUUGUUCGCCCUCUUAUUUUUUGACAUUAUAUUCCUCUACGUCCCAAACGUUUUCCAAACGGCAUACCAGUCCUGCCCAUUGGAUUUGCACACCGACUCCUUCUACCCAACACGAGCGUCCGAGAUCAACCGGCGCCUUGCCGCGAUAUCCAACGGAGAUGCGGAGUCCAUCCUCCGAGAGGUCUACGAACGAGAGCACGAGCGCAAAACCUGUGUUGUAGGUCUCAACUGGGAUUUCGCACUAGACGACCUGGCAGAGCUCGUGAGCUGCUUCAAAGGGGACACGCUGGCAGCUAUCUGCAAAGUUAUGACGCAAGAAAGUCAAGAGCGCGAAUGA